AUGCCCACGCUGGCUAUACCAACCCAGCCGGCUUCACCCAGCAAUCAGCCAACUAGUCCAAAUGGUCGUCCCGCAACAUGGUCCGUGUCUGCCCAGCGCAAGAUGGCAAGGCUCUAUCUGUAUACGACGCUGCCUGUUGAAAAGAUUCGCGCCAUUAUCAAUGGACAGCAGCCUCCCGACAAGACUAUCCAUUCCGCGAACAAGAGACUCCAGACGCUCUUCGAUAAGGAGCCGCGAUGGCUACAUCCUCGCGAUGAAGAUGAUAUGGGGCGGCGAGUCACCGAGCUAGCUAAUUCGCCAAUCCAAGUUCGUGCUGCAUCUGAAGUGGAAUUCACUUCUGCCCACGAGGGCCGAGACCAGUCGCCCCUGUGUGGUGGGAGCGAAUAUCUUGAUGUAGGAUCAAGGCCAUCGAGUGCAUCCCCAAGCGACGCUUAUUCGGGAUCAAUCCAUGGUAGUGAUGCGUUCCCGGAAUCACAAGCGUCCCGGCCCUACUUCCUCUCCGAUAUACCAGAGGAAUCUCCAAGCCAGAAUUGGGGAUGUCGAAGUAACUCUGGGGGUGUUCAUCCACGCGAGAGUCCGUUUGCCAAGUUCCUCCGCGCAACAACCUUCAUGACCGAGUCAAGCGCGAACACCACGGGCACAUUCAGGAAGCACCUUUCGGAAUAUGCAGAGCCUUAUGUCAAGGUAGUCAAGCGUCUCGUCAAGAGAUUCACCUCGCCAGCAGCCGGCCAGCUGAGCACGGCUCCAGAGCACAACUUGCACGUGGCUUGGAAUGAAGAUUGGAUCAGCGAUACCGAGGCAAGGACUGUGUUUAAUAUCGACAUCCCUUUACCAGGACACCUCCUCAGCGCGGACUUUUCUACCCGAUUCGGCCAUAUCCCUAGCAUAGAACCGAUGUGGGGGGACAGGAUAUCCAACUCUCCAGGCACUUUCCACUGGAUGACACCAGAAGGACCAUCGCCUGGUGCUUACAUGUAUCUUUCCAUGGAAACCAACAGACACGAUCCCAUGGUGUUGGACCCCCAUCAACACACUGUGCUUCAUUUUCUAGCAGCCCACGCCCCAUUUCAAGUAUUAUACCAGGUUUUAUGCCAAGCUCUCAUGAGCGGUACUCUCAAGGACAUUAUCAAUGUGCAAAACACCGCGGGGCAAACAUUUAUGCAUGUCAUUAAGGAUGAUGAACUUUUUGGACCUGAACAAGUCGAAAACUUGAUUAGAGUUGUACGGGCUUUGGAAUUCAACAUGCUUGCACGGGACUGCUACGGUCGCUCCUCCUUGCACGUUCUCACCAUGCUAGGCAAGACAAUACGCUUCCAUUCAUUGCACGACCUUGACCCUCGCGAGUAUCUUCAACGCGAUGCGUUCGGCAUCGUACCGCUCAUCGAAAAUUUUAACCCAGUGCCGCCACGAUUUGGUGGUGGGAUGAGUUCAGACGUGUUGGGGUUCAGUCGUUACGCAAUACCCCAUCCGGCACUUGACCCUGCAUUGAGUAACAAUCCUGCGGUAUCGCAGGAGAGCCAACUUGUACAAAACAUUAGAGUAUCGAUGGAGAAUCGGUUUCAUGAAGAUGAAUUCGGCCAUAAUGGCCUCCAUUGCCUUGCCAUGGCGACGUUGAGUGUGGGCAGUAUUGCAGAGAAACACGGAUUGGAGAGGGGAACAGAGAGUUUCGGUCCGCACGAGAAUCGGAAGGUGGUAGAUUCGUCAGAGCAGAUACUGGAGCUUCGACGCGACACACUGAGCGCCUUACUCGAUGCUGGACAGGACCCAAACCACAGGGACAUCUUCGGAAAUACACCUCUCAUGGCCUUUGCUGCAGCGCUGCCGGAGGAGAACGAAUACAAACUUGGGCCCUCCAUUUUGCAACUUCUCAUUUCGAGAGGAGCCGACGUAAAUGCACGCAACCAAAGAGGUGAGACGGCGUUGCACAUUGCUGUGCGCUUUCACCGAAAGCUCGCUGCCAGAGCUUUGGUCAAGAUGGGAGCCAAUGUUGAUGUUCGGAAUUCCGAGUUCCAAAGCUUGCUCGAUGUCUGCGACGAAAAGAUACAGUCCGAGCCCCAGGCGUAUGCCAAAUACUCGGCAUGCAGAGCUUGGUUGAGUGGCCCAGCCCAUGCGGUGCAAUCUCCCUCGUUCUGGCAGGAAUGGGAGGUCAAGAACCGCGUUGUGGUUGAUUGA